CUACUCUUAAAGGUGUUUUUAUCUAACUUAUCUACUGAGAAGGUGUCUGCAGUGAUAUUUUAACAUCCCAGGAAUUUUGUAAAUGGGUGACAUGGCUGCUACUCAGAUUUCCAAAGAUGAGCUUGAUGAGCUGAAAGAAGCUUUUGUGAAAGUUGAUCUCAACAGCAAUGGAUGCAUUUGUGACUACGAACUUCAUGAGCUUUUCAAGGAAGCUAAAAUGCCAUUACCAAGAUAUAAAGUGAGAGAAAUCAUUCAGAAACUCAUGGUGGAUGGUGACCGGAAUAAAGAUGGGAAGAUCAGUUUCGAUGAGUUUGUUUAUAUUUUUCAAGAAGUCAAAAGUAGCGAUAUUGCCAAAACCUUUCGUAAAGCAAUCAACAGGAAGGAAGGGAUUUGUGCUCUGGGAGGAACUUCAGAAUUGUCCAGUGAAGGAACCCAGCAUUCUUACUCAGAGGAAGAAAAAUAUGCUUUUGUGAACUGGAUAAACAAAGCCUUGAAAAAUGAUCCUGAUUUCCAACAUGUUAUACCAAUGAACCCCAAUACUGAUGACUUGUUCAAGGCUGUGGGUGAUGGAAUGGUGCUCUGUAAAAUGAUCAACAUCUCAGUUCCUGAUUCAAUUGAUGAAAGAGUAAUCAACAAAAAGAAACUCACACCUUUCACCAUUCAAGAAAACUUGAACCUGGCACUGAACUCUGCUUCUGCCAUCGGGUGUCACAUUGUGAACAUUGGUGCAGAGGAUUUGCGGGCUGGGAAGCCUCAUCUGGUUCUGGGACUCCUCUGGCAGAUCAUUAAGAUCGGUUUGUUCGCUGACAUUGAAUUAAGCAGGAAUGAAGCAUUGGCUGCUUUACUUCGAGAUGGCGAGACAUUGGAGGAGCUUAUGAAAUUGUCUCCAGAAGAGCUUCUCCUUAGGUGGGCAAACUUCCAUCUAGAAAACUCCGGCUGGCAAAAAAUCAACAACUUCAGUGUAGACAUUAAGGAUUCCAAAGCCUAUUUUCAUCUUUUCAAUCAAAUUGCACCAAAGGGACAAAAAGAAGGUGAACCCCAGAUUGAUGUUAACAUGUCAGGUUUCAACGAAACAGAUGACUUGAAGCGAGCUGAAAGUAUGCUUCAACAAGCAGACAAAUUGGGCUGCAGAGAGUUCGUUACCCCUGCUGAUGUUGUCAGUGGAAACCCUAAACUGAAUUUAGCUUUUGUGGCUAAUCUGUUUAAUAAGUAUCCAGCACUAACUAAGCCAGUGAACCAGGAUAUUGACUGGACUCUACUAGAAGGCGAAACCCGUGAAGAAAAAACCUUCCGUAACUGGAUGAAUUCUCUUGGUGUUAAUCCCCAUGUAAACCAUCUCUAUGCUGACCUACAAGAUGCCCUGGUAAUCUUACAGCUGUAUGAGCGAAUCAAAGUUCCUGUUGACUGGAGCAAGGUUAACAAACCUCCAUACCCGAAACUUGGAGCCAACAUGAAAAAGCUUGAAAACUGCAACUAUGCUGUGGAGUUGGGAAAACAUUCUGCUAAGUUCUCCCUGGUUGGCAUUGGAGGGCAAGACCUGAAUGAUGGAAAACAAACCCUAACUUUAGCUGUAGUCUGGCAGCUGAUGAGAAGAUAUACCCUCCAUGUCCUGGAAGAUCUUGGAGAUGGCCAGAAAGCUAGUGAUGUCAUCAUUGUAAACUGGGUGAACAGAACAUUGCGUGAAGCUGGAAAGUCAUCUUCCAUUCAGAGCUUUAAGGACAAGACAAUCAGCUCUAGUUUGGCAGUUGUGGAUUUAAUUGAUGCCAUUCAACCAGGCUGCAUAAACUAUGACCUUGUCAAAAGUGGCAAUCUAACAGAAGAUGACAAACACAAUAACGCCAAGUAUGCCGUGUCAAUGGCUAGAAGAAUUGGAGCCAGGGUUUAUGCUCUCCCGGAAGACCUGGUAGAAGUAAAGCCCAAGAUGGUCAUGACUGUGUUUGCCUGCUUAAUGGGCAGAGGAAUGAAGAGAGGGUAAUACAACCAAGUGAAGCAAACACAGCCUGGCUCCCAGGUGCAUGAUUAGUAAGUUAGCUAUUGCCAGGUGACGUGGUCAUGUCUUAGGGCACUAUUUGUCACUUUUCAUG